GCCCUCUAUUUUCCUGCAAUUCGACAUUUGUUUUUAUUACACACAAAAAGAAGACUUGUUCAAGAUUCAGAAGCAUUUCCAUAUGGAUUCUUCUUCUACAUUGCCACCAUCCACCUCCGCCACGCCGCUGGAUGAGAUUGUGUACAAGACCAAAGUCAUUGAAUUCUUCGACCGAACAGCUCCCAUCAUUCUCCAAAACAAUAAUGGCCCCUGCCCUCUCCUCUCUAUAUGUAAUGUUCUCUCCCUAAAGAACAGUUUGAGUUUGAGUCUGGAUACGCCAGAGGUUUCACAGGAUAAAUUGCUGUCUCUGGUUGCUGACCGGUUGAUUAAUUCGAACAGUAAAAUUGAUAACAAAGAUGCUGGCUAUGUUAAGAAUCAGCAGCAGAAUAUUACUGAUGCUAUUGAUUUACUUCCUAGGCUCACAACUGGCAUUGAUGUGAACAUAAAAUUCAGAAGAAAUGAUGAUUUUGAGUUCACUCCAGAAUGUGCAAUAUUUGAUUUACUGGAUAUCCCACUUUACCAUGGAUGGAUUGUUGAUCCACAGGAUAUUGAAACUGCUGAUGCUAUUGGCUCAAAAUCAUAUAACUCUCUCAUGAGUGAGCUUGUUUCUUUGGAAACACAAGCUAUGGAGUGUGAAGAGAAUGAGAAUCUAGAAGAAGAUAGUGUAGAUUUUGUUGCUGCGACAACUGCAGUUCUUGGAAUUCCUUCUCCUAGUCUUUCAAGAAGCCAAUCCUUCACUGAUUCACCCCGAAGUAUGAAAAAGGGAGAUAUGGAAGAAGAAGGAGAAGUCUUGAGAGUCUUGAAGUUAUCAGAGACUGAAAUGCUUAGUUCAGCAAUGGCCAGUUUAGCUGUAGAUACUGAUAGUGAACAUAUGGGGAAGUCUGAAGUGUUGAUAUGUUCAGAACCAGUGGGAAAUCAUGUUUCUGGUGAAACUGUAAAGGAUGGGGCAUUAAUUUCUAAUGACAGCGACAAUUUUGUACAUGAUGAUGAAUUUAAAAGAUCUUGUGGAAGUGCAGUUGAUGAACCCAGGAAUAGUAAACAUGCUGAUGGAACUCUCUCUUUAGAAGAAGUUCCUUCAUCUUCUAGUCACUGUCUUGAUGAACCCAGGAAUAGUGAAUGUUUGUAUGCCUGUGAACAUGUUGAAAAUAAAUUCACUUCCACUUCAGACCAGGAUGAACAAAGUAAUUGCACAAAUGAUUGUACAGCUGGAGAAUUACCAAGCUUGUUGACUGCUUCUGCAGAUUUAGGUUCAUCAAGUGGCACAGUACAUGACACCUUUAGUCCUGUCCUCAAUUCAGGUAUUGAUGUCAGUGAACCCAUGUACGAAGGGGAAGAGUGUAUAAUGGAAUCAGGAACUGCAGUCUGUCAAAAUCAAGAGCCCAUUUAUGAGGGUGAGAUGGUUCUUGCCAAACAAGGGGAUAGUGGUUGUGUUAAUGAGGGUGACUCUACGGAGAGAAUAUCUAUCACACAAGGAGAACUAAUCAGGAACUUCAUGAAGAACAGUGCUAGUCAGUUGACUAUUUAUGGCCUAUUUUGCUUACUAGAUAAAGUGAAGGAACGUGAGCUGUGUGUUUUUUUCAGAAAUAAUCACUUCAAUACUAUGUUUAAGUAUGAAGGUGACUUGUAUAUAUUGGCAACAGACCAAGGUUACAUAAAUCAGCCAGAUUUAGUAUGGGAAAAACUUAAUGAGGUGAAUGGUGAUACUGUGUACGUGAUGGGAAACUUUAAGGAUUUCAAGAUGGAUGAUCCUUCCAACGUGACCUGGGAUGAGCAGAAUGCCAUGUCCAGUACGGCUGACUAUAUAGCUAGCAUUGAUAGUGUAGCUCAAUCAAAUUCCAAUAUCAAUUCAGAUUUGCAAUUGGCAAUAGCUCUUCAACAACAGGAAUUUGAGCAACAACAACCUCAGCGAUCAGUACACUCCACUGUUGCUAGUGAUUCAGGGCUGGCCACGGAUCCUCAGGUUUCACACAACAGCGGGAAACACACGCCUUCCUCAACUAAGCAGGAGUCCAAAUCGAAAGAGAAGUGUGCCAUCAUGUGAAUACUUUAAGCUGGUUUCAGUCAAGUUAUGUGAAUGCUACAACUAUCUCUUGUGUGUGCAGCUUACCUGGUUCAUAGCCCCAUGUGUGUAAAGCUAAUCAGAAAUUCCAUUUUUGUAAAUCUCUGCUGUAAAUUUGAACUCAUAAAUUUGCAGCCAUUGAUUUUCUCAGUUUAGUCAUAAAGAUCCAUAUGCUAAUGGAUUCUUAAGGAUUUUGAAGGUGGUUUAAAGCUCAACUUCUGUAUAUUUCAGAUACGUACACAAUUAUACUAUUGUUCAAAGGACUGACCAAAAAUUUGCUGGA